GGAAAAUCUUCCGAAUUUACAGAAAUUAACUUUCACGGUUAUGCAAACUCCAUCGAUUUUAUGGAGAUCUUGAGCAUUAUUGAUAAAAAUAUUAGUAUCCAAGGUAUUGAUCAUGAAUUCUAUGAUAAUCUUGCCAAAAUUAAAUUGAAUGACGUCAAAGUAACAGGAAUUUACAACCAAAGAUUAGAAUCCUAUGCUCUCGGAUUUUUUGCAAUCCCAUCUACUGACGAUGAUGUCUCACUGUUUGGCCCUCAUUUAGCAAUCCCAUCUAUCGACUCACUGGUGGGCAUUCACUAUAUGAUCACGUUGAGCGAAGAGCGGCUGCCUAUUUUUACAACGGCGCUGCUUUUCACUUUAUUCAAACUCUCUCAGUUAGUCGAAAAUGUAUGGAUCGUCAAUAUGGCGGAUGUGCCAAUAAUUGCAACUUUGCAGGCGUCAAAUUGUGCUGUUAUCGCGUCAACGGAUGACUUGUCUCUAAACCUACUGCCUAACCUUGUGACUGGAGUUCUGAAGAAAAUUGUUAAUAUUCGAAAAGGCUUUACUGUAGUGGCAGAUAUGAAUAUCUCGAAAGAUGGAGGUCCUCAUACGUUUAUCAUUCUUUUUUCGUCGAACUUGAUCAGCUUCAUAAGCACGGGACGGUCCCUCAAUCUGCAAAGCUUACUAAAAGUUACUAUUCCUGAUCUGUCCAUCGACAGCUUGUUGUUACCGCCUGGAUUUGGUAACGUUGGCAAUUUGGAAGUGAGCAGUUUCAAUAUAAGCACAACGUCUGGAAUAAUGAGUCUGGCUGCUAAUCUAACAAUAAAGGACUCAUUUGACAUUAUACCAGGAUAUUUAACAAUCACCAAGUCACCUCUCCUUAUCAAGACAACUUUCAACAAACCUAGAAAAUCAAAAUUUACUAUCAGCGGUACUUUGAUUAUAGGUCAAAUUCAACGGACGUUUACAUCGAGAUGACAUCUAAAACUAACACUGUAGACGAAAAAUUGAAAAUGGCAAGGGCAAUGUAGUGCAUUUAUACUUCGUAUUGCGUAGUGCACGUUACUUAGAUAAAGCACGCUAUUCAUUGGGUGCUAGAAAAGUAGACACACACACAAUAAAUCAGACACUCUUCU